GCCAUCUUGGCAAGGGGUGGUGGGAGGAGGAAGUGUCGGCGGAGUCCCAUGGCGAGCCUGGAGCGAGCCGACAGUGAAGACCGUGAUCCAGACUUGAGGUUCUGGAAAGUCCCUGGUUUUACGAGGUUUUAGUUGAGUUGCUUCGAGGGCUUUGCGGGAAUGGAGGAGCAGCACGGAGAGGGGACUGUGAUGUGGUAUCUGCACCAAGGUGGUGAUGGCGGUGGUGGCGGUAGUGGCGAUGUGGGGACAACAUCCGCCACUGACCUUAACGACCUCAAGCAGAGGGCGAGAGAUGGAUCUGCUGAUGCCCAGGUGGAGCUGGCGAGGCACUACUUUGCGCAAGCAGAGGAGGGGGAGGAGGAACUGCACAGCACGGAGGGGGUGGGCUGGCUGCUGCGCGCUGCCGCCCAGGGCCACGCACUGGCCGUGCGCCUCCUGCGCAGGUGCCAGCGCGAGGGGCGAGGGCUGACGGAGGAGAACCGUGAGCGCGUGCGGGAGCUGGCGCAGGAGUCUGCGUUUGAGCGCUCGGUGCGCAGGGCUUCACUGCUGCUCUACUGGCGCCUCAAUCCUCAGCGCAAGGCCCGCGUGGCGCCCAGCGAGCUGCUGGAGAACGUCCCCUCCAUCAACGCCCACGAGGCGGCAAGCCGGACUCCGCUGCCCAAGCUGCUGCGCCAGCAGAGCGAGGUGGUCACGCGGCUCCUCAACUCCAAUGCAGACUCGCGCAGCCUCUCGGAGGCCGACUUCCUGCAGCUGACGGGGGGCUACGCUCGCGGCCUGCCCCCUGCAGGCCGCGCCACCAUGGCCGCCACCUCCACUGCCCUCUCAGAUGGCAAUCGCGGUGGAGGACGCUCGGCGCCAUACGGCAUGACUCUACGCGACAAGCUGCUGCGCUACCCGCUGGGCGCGCUGCUGGACGCCAAGGAGCAAGCACUGGAGGCGGCAUCGCGUGCGGGGCUGCACUGGCUGCAGGCAGCGCUGCCCACGCAGCAGCUCAAUGCGCUGCUCGUGUUCCUCGUCGUCAGCCGCCUCACCCUGGACUUCUUCGCACUCGCUGUGCCGCUCGCCGUCUUUGCACUCGCGUUCGCCACAAUGGUCGUGUGCACGCUCAAGGUGUUCCAGAGCGGCCGAGCGUGGGACGACUUCCGCACGUGGACGGAGCUGCUACGGCGCUUCGAGCCGGCACUGAGCAUAGAGGAGGCAGAGAGCGAGUUCGGCUGGACCCACCUGGAGCCAUACCUCCACUUCAUCCUCGCCGUCUUCUUCGUCAUCUUCUCCCUGCCGCUCACUGACAGGUCAUGGCUGCCAACCUCCGAGCUGGCCCUGAUCUCCGCCUUCUUCUCCACCUCCAUCUUCCUCAGCCUGAGGCAGCGGUGUGGGCCAUUCACCACCCGCACAUUCCUCACACAGGUGGCUGCCUCAGCCAUCGAGGGGUUGACCCUGCUGCCAGGCGAGGACCUCGUGUCGCGGGCGCUGUGCAUGCUGGGCACAUGUGUGCACUCCGUCUCCCUGGGAGGAGUGGUGCACCUGCACCUCGGGCUGCCCACGCUGCUCUACGCCCACCUCAUCUACCUGCUCUACUGCAAGGCGCGCGAGCGCCGAUACCGCGGCAUCUACUGCUACCUGGUGCCCUACCUUGUGUGCUUCCUGUGGUGGGAGCUGGCCGUGGUCCUGCUCUGGGACUCCACCGCCCUGGGCCUCUUCAGGGCCUCCAUCGGCUACUUCCUCUUUGUGUUCGCGCUGCCCGUGCUCGCCGUGGGCGCUGCUGUCGGGCUCGCCGUGCAGUCCGUGCGCUGGUUCCUGACCCUCGGCCUCACCAAGGUGGGCGCGACGGCACUGCUGGCUGCCAUGCCGUUGGCAGGGUGGCUGGCGUGGCGCCACCGCGCGGCGCCCGUGCAGCUGCUGCGCUCGCUGGGCCGAAGCUCGCUGGUGAAGCUGGCGCUCGUGUGGCUCACGGCCACCGCCGUCUUCUGCUGGCUCUACGUGUUCCGCAGCGAGGGCCUCAAGGUUUACAACUCGACGCUGACGUGGAGCCAAUAUGGCUCCCUGUGUGGGCCGCGCGCGUGGAGAGAGACAAAUAUGGCGCGUGUGCAGAUGCUGUGUGGCCACCUGCAGGGUCACAGGGUCACGUGGAGUGGUCGCUUCAAGUACGUACGUGUGACCGAGGUAGACAACACUGCCGAGACCUCGGUGGACAUGCUGCCCACCUUCCUGGGCGACUGGCUUCGAUGCGUGUACGGGGAGCGCUACCCAGCGUGCAACUCCACCUCCUCCACCACCGGCAACAACAACGGCAACAACAGCGACAGCAACCUCGGAGUGAUCACCACGCAGGAGCUGUGCCAACUCAAGUCGCUCACCAGACACGACUGCCACAUGAAGGUUCCUGAUUGCCGAGUCGGAGAUGCCGAGGUUCUGCCUGGAUGCGGGAAAUUUGACCGCUACAAGUUUGAAAUCACGGUGGGAAUGCCGAUACCGCCGAAAGACGGCGCCACCGCCAGCAACAGCAACAACAACAACCAGACCAACCUGGCAGAGGAGGACCCCACCAAGGAUGUGGUGCUGCGCGCCAGCGGUGAGUUCCGUGCAGCACUGCUGCCCCUGAAGCAGGGCAGCGUAAUCGAGUUCAGCACUGUACUGGAGGGGCGGCUGGGCAGCAAGUGGCCGGCGUUCGAGCUGCGUGCCCUGCGCUGCCUCAGCUGCAUACGGAGGCUGGAGCCGGCGGCUACGUCGGCACGCCAGGAGAAGGUGGAGCGGGAUUGGCGUGCCGCCCUGCGCAGCGCCCUCCGGUUCGCCUUCGACUUCUUCUGCUCACCCGUGCUCUCUGCCGCAUGACACUAAGGUCACCACUAUGCCCGUGGUGAUGAUGUCGGUGGCUGAGUGGGUUAGCAAGUGGGUUGGUGGGUGAGUGGUUGAGCGAGUCGGUGUGUGGGCGAGUGGGUGGGCGAGUGUGUUAGUGAGCGAGUUUGUGGGCAGGUGGGUGAGUAGGUGUGUGAGUGAAUGGGUUGGGGGGGGGUGAA